AUGUCCGCAAGGUCUCCCAAAACCUUCCGCGCUGUAUUCGUCCUGAUAUCCGUCACAUUGCUGGUGGUGACUUUUCUUCGAGUUCGGGGCUCCUCGAGCUAUCUUAGCCCUCAACUUACCAUUCAUUUCGGGAAAGAAGUCGACUGGUCUCGCUUUGCAUAUACACAAUAUGUCACCGACACGAAUUAUCUGUGCAACUCGGUUAUGCUAUUUGAGGCCCUGCAUCGUCUCGGCAGCAAACCCGAUCGCUUAAUGAUGUACCCCGACUAUUUCUCGGUCGCUGAUGACGAUGAUUCAAGACAGGCGGAACUACUCCGCAUCGCUCGGGAUAAAUACGGAGUCAAGCUUAAGCCCAUUCAAGUGCAAAGCAGGAACGGGGGUGAUCAAACAUGGGCCGAGAGCUAUACGAAGCUUCUCGCUUUCAAUCAAACACAGUACGAUCGUGUUCUUAGCUUAGACUCCGACUCCACUAUUCUCCAGGCUAUGGAUGAGCUGUUUCUGCUCCCUCCUUGCCCUGUCGCAAUGCCGCGAGCCUACUGGCUUAAUCCUGACGACCGAGUCCUAAGCUCCCAAGUGGUUCUCAUCCAACCGUCCGAGUUUGAAUUCAUUCGCAUCAUGGAGGCAAUUGGCAAUGCAAGCUCGGGCGACUACGACAUGGAGAUUGUCAACGAUUUGUACAAAGACAGCGCAUUCGUUCUGCCACACCGUCGCUACGAUCUUUUGACUGGAGAGUUCCGCGGCAAGGAACAUGCGGGCUACCUUGGAAACCCAUUGGAAGAAUGGGAUCCCUAUGCGAUUCUCAACGAGACUAAGUAUCUCCAUUUCUCCGACUGGCCUGUGCCUAAGCCAUGGAUCGAUGCUCCCAAAUAUAUCAUCGAUGAAAAGCAACCUACCUGUGAUUUCAACCCUCUGACCCAACAAGAAGAUGACUGUCGCGCUUUGAAUAUUUGGUUGGGCAUAUAUGACGACUUUAAGUCACGACGGAAGGUAAGUCAUUAG